AUGAUCCCCUCUACCUUCACCCCGAGCCUCACGCGAAGGGACACCGCCAAGUCGGGCGCAGGCUAUGAGCCUUCACAUGGCAUCCCGCCUCCAGUAUCGAGUGGAGGAGGUCUGCUAGGCCCGCAGAGUGCAGGCGCCAUCUACCAGCAGAUCCACGAGAUGGCUGCGAAGCGCAUAUCAACUUUAGACUAUCUCAGGAAAGCACAUGAGGGGCGUGUUUAUUGGUUUAAUACUGUGCACUUCUCGCGUGCAGAUAUCGCCCGCCUCCCUUAUUUCGAAGCUAAGAAGCUCUCCCGCCGUGCUAUCAACUAUUUACUUCUGGGGCUGUCUCUGCCCACCAUACUGGAUGUGAACUCAACGCCCUUUGAAUAUUUACGAGCUCUCAACGCGCUGCUAUUGGAGUUUGAGGCUUUUCAGCAAGUGCACCCCCCGGAUGGGAGUUCAUCGUCAAGUCUGGCGAGAGCUCGAAUCCCCCAGAUGUUCAAGCGCGCAGCGCAUGCGGGCACCAAGACUCGCCGCGCCAGCUCUGCCACCGAGAUUGGACUUCCAAUGCAAUCCAGUGACCCAUCGGAUUUGAAAAGCACGGCUGGGAAUCUUGGAUCAGGCUCCUCCGGGGCCUCGGUCUCGUCCUUUCCUCUCACGGAAUCCUCAGAUCUCCUGCCAGGGGAGGAAUAUACGUAUUUGCUCACGCCAUCGUUGCCUUUUGAGCCGGAUUUCUUUGAAACAUUCGCGACGCUAUGUGAUGUCUUGAUCGACUGUUAUAGCCGGCUCACCACGCUGGUAUCCUCUCCCUCGGUAUGCACAGUGGCCUUGGGGGAAACAUUUUCAAAGGCGGAUGCCAGACUCCGGAAGAUCAUGGUGGCUGGCGCAGUGCGUGAGUUUGAAGAUGCGAGCCGGAACAGCGCCAAGAGUGAAGUUGCUGGUGUGAGUCGGGUGGUGCUCGGCGGUCUCUUGGGGUAA